GCUGAGAAGGCGGAACCAGAGGAACCAGGAAGUUCUCCAUUGACUACUAACACGGUUGUAAUGCAGCUCUGAAGACCACAGACAGUGACUUUUAAGAGAUGGCCCAUUUUGAAGAAGUCAGCAAGCAGUCUGAUCUGCACCCUAAACCAGCAGGGUUGGUUUUGCAGUAUGGCACCGCUGGCUUUAGAACCAGUGCCAAUAAGUUGGACCACAUCAUGUUCAGGAUGGGUUUGCUGGCCACCCUCCGCUCCAAGAAGACCAAAGCCACCAUUGGAGUCAUGGUGACGGCGUCGCACAACCCAGAGGAGGACAAUGGUGUGAAGCUUAUUGACCCGAUGGGAGAGAUGUUGACGUCGUCAUGGGAAGACUAUGCCACCCAGUUGGCCAACACAGAGCAGGACGAGUUACUCACGACUCUGAAGGAUAUCAUAAAGAAGGAGGCCAUCGAUAUGAGCCGCGAAGCCAACGUAUUUGUGGGAAAAGAUACCAGGAGCAGCAGUGCUAGCCUUUCCCAGGCAGUGCUGGAUGGAGUCAAAGCCCUUGGUGGUCACAGCAAUGACUACGGUUUGGUGACCACCCCGCAGCUGCAUUACAUGGUUUGCUGUCAGAACACGCAGGGGAAAUACGGAGAGGCAACAGUGGAGGGAUACUACCGCAAACUCAGCCAAGCUUUCUCUCAACUCGCCAAGAAUGCGUCUAAUCGUACGGAUGACCAGAAGCACCUUAGUGUUGAUGGCGCUAAUGGCAUUGGAGCCAUAAAGGUACGAGAGAUGGAGAGUCACUUGAAAAAACACAUGCAGCUUUCCGUCUUUAAUGAUGGCAGCAGAGGAAAGCUGAACCACCAAUGCGGAGCCGACUUUGUCAAAGUGCAGCAGGAACUUCCAACAGGCAUCAAGAUCAACCCUGGAGAUCGCUGCUGUUCCUUCGAUGGCGAUGCUGACCGUAUAGUUUAUUAUUACACCGACUCUCAGGGUGACUUCCACCUCCUUGAUGGAGACAAGAUAGCUACUCUCAUCAGCACCUUUCUGAAAGAGCUCCUUAAUGAGGCUGGUCUUGACCUGAAGAUAGCAGUGGUGCAAACUGCUUAUGCAAAUGGCAGCUCAACUCACUACCUGGAGAAAACCAUGAAGGUAAUCGUAAAGUGUACUAAGACUGGAGUGAAGCAUCUACACCACGCUGCUCAAGAAUUUGAUAUUGGUGUCUACUUUGAGGCAAACGGUCAUGGGACAGUGUUGUUCAGUGAUGGAGCUGAAGAGAAAAUCCAGCAACUCGCCAAUGACGCCAACAUCAACGAUGAGAGGAAGAAAGUUGCUUUCCUGCUGCAGAAUACCAUCAACAUCAUCAACCAGACUGUUGGAGAUGCCAUUUCUGACAUGCUGCUGAUUGAAGCCAUACUGGCCAUUAAAGGGAUGACUGUUCAGCAGUGGGACGCCAUCUACAGUGACCUGCCGAACAGGCAGCUUAAAGUUAAGGUCUCCGACCGCAGAGUGAUAGACACCACCGAUGCAGAGAGGCGGGCCGUGACCCCAGCAGGGCUGCAGGAGGCCAUCGACGACUUGGUGAAGAAGUAUCAAAAGGCCCGCUCCUUUGUGAGGCCCUCUGGCACCGAGGAUGUGGUGAGAGUUUAUGCAGAGGCAGACACCCAGGAGAGCGCGGAUACUCUGGCUCAUGAAGUCAGCCUUGCAGUGUAUGGCCUGGCAGGGGGAGUCGGCGAUGAACCCAAACCUUUGCAUUAGAGGCAAACUCACACACUGUCGCCAAAUCAACAUUUUGAAGGAAAUCCCGGUUGAUUAUCAUUUUCUAAAUCAGUUAAAUAUAUCUCUUUCCCAGGGUGGUGCUAUUAUGUCGAACUGUUUAACUGCACUUUCUACUCUUUCUUCAUAACUGUUAAAAAAAAUAUGCACUGCAUGGAAAGUAUCAUGUACUGAGGUAGAUUUCUGUGUGAUGGCAAGGUUGCACUACAUUGUAUAUAUGAACAGCAUGGUUAACCAAUCAUUUGUUUCAACUUAUUUCUAAGGCUUAAGCAUGUUUGAAUCAGGUGUCAAAACAAAUAGAAAGUUUACAUGUUACUUGAAAUUCCACAAUUUUCCAUAAUAAAUUAGAAAUAAUAAGGAAA